UGCUUCCGUCUGGCUAAUUCUGAUGCUGCUGAGUUGGCGGACUCAUUCAUUCAUUUAUUGGUUCGUUUAUUCAGCUUGCACCGUUUUUAAGAACUAAAGUGGAUAUUUGAGACAGUGUAAGCGUUACAGCAUGCAGACUCUCACACCUCAGGUGUUCUGGGCUCAGAGACACGGAGAAAUUUACCUGCGAGUGGAGAUAAGCGAUGCAAAGAACCUCGAUAUAAGUGUACAAGAAAAUACGCUUUACUUUAAAGGUCAGGGUCAUGGAGCAAAAGGACAAAAUGAAUAUGAAUUCAGUUUGAACUUCUUAAAACCAGUAAAACCUGAGAUAAAACCGAAAUCCACCCAGCGACAGGUAAAUAUUACAGUAAGAAAAAAGGAGCACUGCUGGUGGAAUCGACUCACUGUGCAGGAAAAGAGGCCUGUUUUUCUGGCUCCUGACUUCGACCGCUGGCUGGACGAGUCGGAUGCUGAGAUGGAACUAAGGGAAAAGGAGGAAAAAAUAAAUAAAAUAAGCGUUGAGUCAAGGAUUCGAAAGGACCCAUACCUAGGCUUGAAAAAGGGAUAUCUCUUCAUGUACAACAUGGUCCAGUUCCUGGGCUUUUCCUGGGUCUUUGUCAACAUGAGUGUGCGUCUUUUUAUACUUAAAGAAGAUUCUUUUUAUGAUACUUUUCACACCAUUGCUGAUGUGAUGUACUUCUGCCAGAUGCUAGCGAUUGCGGAAGUUAUCAACCCUGCUCUGGGGUUGGUCAAGACUGGUGUAAUGCCUGCCUUUAUACAAGUGAUGGGGAGAAACUUUGUCCUUUUUGUGAUCUUCGGAAGCCUGGAAGAGAUGCAGAACAAACCUGUCGUUUUCUUUGUCUUUUAUCUGUGGAGUGCUAUAGAGAUAUUCAGGUACCCCUUUUACAUGUUGGCCUGCAUUGAUACAGAAUGGAAAAUUCUGACUUGGCUCCGAUAUACUAUUUGGAUUCCCCUCUACCCACUUGGUGUUCUGGCUGAAGCUGUGGCAGUUAUCCAGUCCAUACCUAUCUUUGAUGAGACUCGAUUUUUAAGCAUCCCUCUGCCUAAAGUUCUUGGCUCCUCUCUUAGUUUUUCAUACAUUCUUCAGAUCUACCUGCUGCUCAUGUUCCUGGGACUCUUUAUCAACAUUCGCCACCUGUACAAGCAGAGGAGGAGACGCUUCAGAGUAAAGAAGAGGAAAGCCAACUGAUGUGCCCACUGGAGGAAACAUUCAACCCUGCCUUUACAGAAUGCUCAGAUACUUGCUCACAUCACAACAAAUACUGGCUACACCAAACAAAGUGUUUACUGUUCCACUCUCAAGCUCAAUAGCACACUGUUAAGCUACUAUACAAAAUGAAUACAAGAUAGGAAAUCACUCUCAUACUUGACAUGAAUGAAAGUAUUUAUAAAUCUGAUUGUCAUGUCUGUGUGUGGGCAUUUUAUUAAAGAUGUGUGAUUACUAAUAA